UCGAGGAGUUGUAAAAGAAAUUACCCUUCGGCCGCUGGUUUCGGCGGGGGGCAGUGGAUUGAUAGUGAUAAUUAAACAUUAGAAUAUCACAAACAACCACAUCUCGAAUCUGGCACAGCAUGGAACAGACAUCUCAACCCAAAAGUGGUCCUGAAUCAGAACUUCGGGAAGAUGUACCCAACGAUAAUCCGGAAACGUACUGCCGAUUAUGCUUCUCUGAAACGAACGUACAUCCUCUGUUCCCACAGAAUGGAAGCCUCAUCCGGGAACUGACGGAAAAGAUAAGAAACUGUGCUGGUAUACAGAUUAGCGUACGGGACGACUAUCCGGCUGGGCUCUGUUUUGCUUGCUUGUCCAUACUAGACGAAAUCCACCAAUUUCAGCAACGGAGUAAACACUGCGAUGAAAUAAUAAGAACUAAGCGAGGUUUACUAGAACAAAUAACGGUGAAAGUAGAAAUGACCGAGGAGGACGGUGUACACUUUGUGCCUCCUGGUGGAGGGUCGUGUGGACCGCUGGGUGAUGAUUACACGAACGAUGAUUGUCUAACUGAGAGCAGUAUUAUUGCAGAGGCUAUAACGAGUUUAAAUGGAAUCGGCGAAUUGAUGGGUGCGUUUCACAGUAGCUCUAUUCCGGCCACUGCAGCACUGUUGGUGAAAAGCGAAGGUGAAGCUAGAGGUGUUAGCAAAGAACAUCGCUGUAUGGUGUGCAGUAAGCUGUUUCCCGAUAGGGAGGCUUGGAUGGUACACUUAGGUGACCACGCGGAAGAACGCCCCUACCAGUGCAUGAAGUGCUUAGCACAGUUUCGCGAGAAGCGAUCGCUGGCGAGGCACCUGAAAGCGGUCCACGAAGAGGUUCGCGAUCGACAGUGUCCAUACUGCCCCAAGUCGUUCAAAUAUAGCCAUCAUCUACGAUAUCACAUACGAACGCACACGGGUGAAAAGCCGUAUAUGUGCGAAAUUUGUAGCGAUUGCUUUUCGCAGCAUAUACAAUGGAAGCGACAUAUGGCGAAGCAUCAGCAGAUUCGAAAGCCGCAACGUAUCGCACCACCUAUCCCCACGCCUCGCAGUCUCCCACCUGAAGAACCAAAAACGAUAAAGUGUGAAUUCUGCCCUCGCGUAUUUUCCCGCCUUCAAGACUAUCGCCGGCAUCAGCCAAGCCAUAAUGCACACAAUCUAAACCUUAGUUCAUUGCAGAAUCAAGCACAACUACACCAUCUUCAGCAACAGCAGGAUCAGCAACUGCAACAACCACAACAACAACAACAACAACAACAACAACAACAUCAACAACAACAGCUACACCAACAGCAACAGAUACAUCAUCAACAGCAUCAGCAAAUACUUCAACAACAACAGCAGCAGCAGCAGCAACAACAACAAGAAUCGCAACAAGAACAGCAUCAUGAUAAUUUGCAUCAACAUGAAAACUUACCGCAACACCAUUUAGUACAGCACGUACAUCAUGAUAGUAUCAUUAAGGAGCAAGUAUCCCAACUCCCACACCACGAAAUACUGGUACAUCAUGAGUAGCAGCAAUACUGGCUCGAAUGUUUCGUUAAGAAUCAUUUAUCACGUGCUGUACAAGCGUAUAUUCUAGCAACUAUCAGCUGGAUAAUAGUCAAAUAAAGUUGUAAGCUAUAUAUAUAUAUAUAUACAUACAUACUUCAAUAUAAGAAAACUAGAACGAUUCUGAAAACUAUUUCGUUGAAAGGAUUUCCUAGCAAAAAAGUGCCGAAAUGUGCAGGCAAAUAUAACAGUAGUCAAAAGUAAAAUGAUAUACAAUUUUCAACAAUAUUCUUUGGCACUUUAUUUUAUGUUCCAGCUUUAUUUUAUGUAACGUAUUCGUUUAUUAAUAUUAUUGGACAACGUCUGUUUGUAGAUAGUGAAUAUGUUUCCACCUGGAAACAGCAUCCUGUAGUCCUAAAUCAGUUCGUAGUAUCGGAAAAAACAAUUCCUCUCGCAUUCGAAGUAAUGUGCAGGCAAUUUCAGGUUCAAAUCGCCACAGUAAUAGACGAACUUGACGCAUUUGCAAAUCGUGCU